GAAGCCCCACUGUUCAAUGCCAGAAUCCGCAAGAGCUGGCUCCAUAAUGAGCUGCAGAUUGCCACGGUGGGCCACAAGGUUGACCUGAGUUACACGUACGAUCACCUAGGAGAAGACACUUCAGUCCUGAAGCAGCUGGCCAAUGGCACACAUGCUUUCUGCAAGGUCCUUUCAGCUGCCAAGCGUCCAGUUGUGGUUGUGGGCAGCGGCGCUCUGCAAAGAGAAGAUGGAGUUGCAAUUUUGAGCGCCGUCUCCACCAUUGCUCAGAACGCCCGAGCCAGCAGCGGAGUGGAGGACAGCUGGAAAGUCCUUAACGUCCUGCACAGGGUGGCGAGUCAAGUGGCUGCCCUCGAUCUAGGCUACAAGGCCGGAGUGGACGCCAUCAGGAAGAAUCCACCUAAAGUGCUUUUCCUGCUGGGAGCUGAUGCGGGCUGCAUCAGCAGAGCUGACCUGCCCAAAGACAGCCUCAUCAUCUACCAGGGUCAUCACGGUGACGUAGGAGCACCAAUGGCAGACAUCAUCCUACCCAGUGCUGCAUACACGGAGAAAAACGGCACUUAUGUCAACACUGAAGGCAGGAGCCAGCACACCAAGAUAGCCGUCACUGCUCCUGGAGUCGCCAGAGAGGACUGGAAGAUCAUCAGAGCUUUGUCUGAACUGACGGGUGUAACGCUGCCCUACGACUCCUUAGAUGAGAUCCGAUCCAGGCUAGCCGAAGUCUCUCCUAACCUGGUCCGUUACGACGAUGUCGAGGAGGCGAACUACUUUAAACAAGCCAAUGAGCUCGCUAUGACUGUGAACCAGGAGCUCUUAGCAGCUCCUCUGGUGCCGCCUCAGCUUACAGUAAAGGACUUCUACAUGACAGACUCCAUCAGCAGGGCUUCCCAAACAAUGGCGAAGUGCGUCAAAGCCGUCACAGAAGGAGCCGCCGCCGUCGACGAGCCAUCUGUUUGCUGAACACUUGAUAUGACGACAGCUCUGAACUUUGUGUUGCUCCAUAAGUUGAAGUCGCCCUCAAUGCUUGUGUAUACUGUUGAAUCGUUUUUGCCGCUGAGAACCAGCUUUGUGGAAUAAAUCUGAGAAACAUACAAAAUAUAAAUAAAAUCCUAAAAUUGUCUUUA